UUCUGAUAAGGAAUUCACUCAAUUUGAAGAUUUUAUAAGAUCAGGUCUGCAUCGUGAGUAGUAUUUAAAAUUCCCAUGGUAAACACCAUAUGGACUAAUGAUGAACUAAAACGAGGACUAAAUGGGAUCUAAACAGAUGAUGGACACAUAAUUUGAUUUCCGGAUUGAAGAUGAUUUGAUAUUUUGGAUGUGAUGUCAACGAUGCCGAUUUCUGUGAAAAGGAGCUCGUCUCAGAGAUCACCGCCUCGGGCCAAAAGAGGAGCCUCAGUGAGGAGAACAAACAGCUUUAACCUUCUAGCGAGGCCCAGCAAACCUGGAGAUCGGCUUAACGUAGAGGCUCUGUACAGUCUUACGCCAUAUAGAGAAGGAGUGGACGAAGUUUCGGAAUAUGCUCGUUCGAUAUUGAUAAAUGCUGUGAAAGUUGAACCGCACGUGCAUGAUAUUUUCUUUCCGAAUGAAACCCCGGAUCCUGUUUUGGAAUACUUGGAUACCCGAGGAUUUCCGAUGGACAAAUUGGCAACAUCCUUGGUUGCUGAAUGUAUAUCUAAUAUAAAAGACGUGUAUAAGUUUCAUCAAAUGAUUGACAAAGACUCACUUCAGCAUGUGCUUAGGGAAAUUUAUAAUGGCCUUCAGUGGAAAAAGCUAGGUUUCUGUCUGUACUCUUUGACCUACCCUGAGGUAGUUCGAGAUGAGAAGACGGGGGUCAGUCUGAAGGAUUUUAUGGAGGACAAUGGGCAUGUUUGGGCAGAGAAGCUCCUUGCACACAUCAUGGAGCCCCGUUGGACCCGAAUGUGGAUAUACCGAAUCGUCCGGGGCCAAUGUACAGAAGCGGAUUAUAACAGAGAUAUGAAUGCUCUCUUUGUAAAGUUACACCUUCUCGAUCCCCAAGUCGUUAUACCAGCAUUUCAGUUCCUCCUGAACCAAAAAGCGCUUCCGUCCGUAAACCUAGAGCUAGCAACGAGAAAUUACCUUGGUGGGCCACUAGACUCCUCCUUAUUAGACGAGGAGGUAAAAGCAGCGGAGGAAAAGGAAUCUGUCCCCCUGAACGCCUCCCGCAUCAGUCUGUCAGACUUGGAAGUCACUCACGGGGUGGAGGUGGAAGAAUUCAUUACAAGUGAAUGUAGAAGUCUCGAUAUAUGGAACGAGAAGAGACCUGAAAACUCAAAAAUCUCUAAACCACGUGAUCGUUGUGUUGUAAUGUGAUUAUUUUUAAAUACGUUGUGGAAAGAUAGACAGAGAAUAAUUCAUUCACGUGAAAGUCAUUCUCCAGCAUCAUAUGCAUCGUUUCAGUCUAACAUGCUCAGCAUUUGCAUUUAACAAACAUUUUACAUUUUAUAUCUUCAUGCUUUUGAAAACCUUUAAUACUCAGACUGACAUGUUCUGUUCUUUUUUUUUUCUCUUGCACGCUGACCUGUAUUAUGUUAUUUUUUU